CAACACCCAAACUAGACGCAACACAAUUCAAUUCUACACAGGACAAAACAACCAAUCAAACGAUGUUUUUCCAAGAAAAGUCCCUCGCUGCCUUCCUCCUCCUCUCCUCCUCUUCCGUYGCAAACGCAGCACUGUGCUAUGAAUCUCCCGUUUGCCUAGCCACCAUGGGAACCCCCGGUUCGUGUGUCUCAACGACCCAGGGUCGAACCUACCCAGUCUGUUGUCCCAGCGGAGCCACCCAAACCUGGGACUCCAGCGAUGAUUGCACCAUUGGGGGAGACAAUACCGCGCUUCCCAGUGGUUUGAACAAAUGCACUGAAACCUGGGACAAGUGCUACGCGGGAGGAACUCUCAGUUCCUGCAAUUCCCAAUGGGGGAGAACCUUCAACGCCUGCUGCCCCGAUGGUGCCACCGCAACGUGGGAGCCYGGCACCUCUUGUACCUCUGGGGGACUCAAAGACACUGGCGAUGACGACCUCGCUGGCAGCAAUGUUACCGACGUCAUGACAGAGGAUUCUACCGAUGUCGUGGCAGAGGAUUCCGCUUCACCACCAUCGUCUCUAAUGACUGUGACCGCUCUUGGCUUUGCUGUUGCCGUCGUGGCGCUUGCUGCUUUCUAAGCGAGAUUUGUUUGCUACCAUCCAUCGGCAACCAUCGUCUKUUGAGUGCUUSGUUCAAAUGGGAGUCGAAUACAGAAUAMAACAUCAU